AUGAAGGAGAAAUCGAAAUCUUACUGCAUCAAUGGGGAUAUCGAGACCUCUACUGGAGAAGACACUGAUGACAUUGCUGUUCUUCAGAACGAGCGAGAUAUUGCAACUCACGUCAUUUCCGUGGACGACGAUCCUAGUCUGAACCCCUGGACCUUUCGGGCUUUCUUCAUCGGCCUUGGCCUUUCCGCCUUUAAUGGAUCCCUCGGUAAAGCAGGCUCAUUCAUGUGGACACUCCAGCAAACUGUCAGUGUAUCUCUAAUGUUCCUUGGCAUCAUAUCCUAUGUGAUUGGCCUUGCGAUGGAUACAUCCAUUCCACACUACGGACUGCUCCGAUACCUGAAUCCAGGACCCUUCAAUAAGAAGGAGAAUGUGUUCAUUAUCAUCAUGUCCAGUGCAGCCGCGAACUCUGCAUUGGCUACAGAAGUUCUUGCUGUCCAAUGUUUGUAUUAUAACAUCACGCUGAAUGCGGUUUCAUCAAUAUUUUUGUUGUUCUCUUCUCAACUGCUCGGGUGCAUUGUGCUGGCGUAUUCCUUACUCCACCCAUCGCUAAAGCCGCAAACCACAGCUAUGGGAUUGGCGGUCUGA